CGGUUCAUUUUUGUCCCGCGAUUGGUCAACACACCGGAUGAUUUGAUGACACAGAUGACACGAUUGGCUGAAAGAUUUGCCAGCAGGAAAAAAAGGCAGUCGAUUGGUUACUUUUUGCCGAAUGUGUUUAGGUCCAUCCUCUAGUAUGUCAAAUCGGCGUUUAACGUGAUGUUAGCGCUCUGCGUCAUUUCAGGCCACAUUAAGUCCAACCUGUCUCUUAGCAGAUGUUUUACUCCAUAUUACUCCUUAUAUUUAAUAUUUUUGUCGCUCCUCCAUUAAGCCUGGGAGCUGUGCGUUAACAAUUGUUGACUACUUCAGCUUCAACGGGAGUGACACUAGCUACAUGUGACUAAACCGGCUAAUGAGAAGGAUUGAAGUUUUCCGAGGUUAUUUGGCUGUGGUGUCAAGACUGUUUUUGUAUUUUUGAAAACAUGCACGUCACGGACUGCAUCGUAUCUGCCCCGGGAAAGGCAAUUCUCCAUGGAGAGCAUGCAGUUGUACACGGAAAGGUUGCACUUGCUGUGAGUUUAAAUCUGAGAACAUACUUGAAGUUGAAAGCCACCAGCACUGGUAAAGUUUGCAUUAACCUCCCCAACAUUGACACCUUCCUCUGUUGGGACGUGUCUGAGCUGAAACAACUUACACCAUAUUCAUGUGGCAAGCAGUGGGAUGAGGUGAAACGUCUGGAUGCUGAAUUUGUAAAAAGACUGCGUGAAUUUCUCGGUGUGGCAAAUGGAAACUUAGGUACUUGCAGUAUGGCCACCUUGGCAUUCCUCUACAUGUACCUGUCCCUCUGUCGAUCAAGUGAGCUGCCAAGCUUGACGGUGUCUGUGUGGUCAGAGCUGCCUACUGGUGCGGGACUGGGCUCGAGUGCUGCCUACUCUGUGUGUUUAGCAGCAGCUCUGCUUUGUGCAAGUGGAGCCAUUCCCACUCCCCUCAAAGAGUGUGACCACACUGCUAGGUGGUGUCAGGAAGACCUGGAGCUAAUCAACAGCUGGGCCUUUCAAGGCGAGAUGAUCAUCCACGGUAAUCCUUCUGGAGUAGACAACGCUGUAGGGACAUGGGGUAGCAUGCUGCGUUUUUUGGCUGGGAGGAUCAUACCACUGAGCAGGGUGCCCUUAUUAAGAAUUCUCCUCACUAAUACCAAAGUGCCGCGUAGCACCAAGGUACUUGUUGCCAGGGUGAAGGACAAAAUUAACAAGUUUCCUUCUAUUAUGACCUCUGUGCUGGACUCGGUUGAUGCCAUUUCCUGCACUUGUGAGAAAGUCCUUCUAGAAAUGACGACUCAGCCAAUCACAGGGGAGCACUAUAAUAUUUUAGAGGAACUCAUUGACAUCAACCAGCAUCAUUUGAAUGUGAUGGGGGUGGGACACCCAGCCCUGGACACCCUGUGUCGGGUCACGCUCGCCAGAGGCCUCCACAGCAAGCUAACAGGAGCAGGUGGAGGGGGCUGUGGCAUCACUCUUCUGAGACCAGAAACAGACUCCCUUGUGGUCCAGAGUACAAUUCAGGACUUGAAAGACUGUGGCUUUGACUGCUGGGAAACAAGUAUUGGCGGGCCUGGUGUCCAAGUGCAUUCUCCCCUCUCUGUAAAGGAAGAUAUUUUAGGAAUCUUAAACCAUUAUUGACACUCGCCUAUGACCAUGGAUGUGCAAGUGGAUCUUUGACAGUCACAAUGCCUGAGGUAUGCAGCACGACUGCAGCAGUUUUUACACAAAGCAAUCAUGGACAUUCUUGACUGAUAAUUGAAGAAGGACAACAUUUAAAAAUGUCAAAGAUAAAGUUGUGGCUCGUCUCCAUGAUAUCUAAGGAUUUCCACACUGAGUGAGUAUGUUUUUAAUGGAGAUUUCCAUCAGAAACAUGUGAUUGACAGUUGUUGAUAAACACUGUUCAAAGCAGAUCACAAAAACUGGUUGGCAUGCUGUGGCAAACGCUACAUGUGUGCUGUGUCCCAAAGGGUUGCUAACUCUUGUAUUGAGCCGACAACAUUUUGUCACGUAUUGACGCGAAAAUCAAAACAAGUCUGUUAAACUUAAUGGAUUCAGUUUGCCAGCUUGAUACUGUCUACACCAAUUGAUGCCAGCGUGAUCAUUCCCUUAUCAAAUGUAUUGCCGUUCGACUUAUCUUGCAUCUUUGUUGGCCUAGCUAUUAGUGCCCUCAGCUAGCUACUGUAGCUAGCUUGAGUUAGCUUGUUUUUAAAAGCUAUAAUUAGAUAUCAUGUUCAUGGGGUAUGUACUAACUUUUUCAACUGUCUCUGAACAAUUUUGCUUUCUUGCUGUCAUUAUUCUAGUUAUGUCUUGGCCUCAAUACGCUAUUUGUGUGUGGUUGUUUAUAUAGUGUCCAGCCUUAUGAUGGUGAUACUAUAUCAGCUGACCAAAACGUCAAAGAAUAUUUGCUUCAACUCUGUCAAGACUUUGUACCCGUUUAUAUAAUGACCACAAAUAGCAUAAAGAUGGCGGCCGCAAUGAGUGGAGAUAUGCUUGAUAAAUAAAGUAGUGUACAAUUUUUAAAUGUUGCCAGUCACAAAUAAAACACAAAUGGAUUGGACAACCCUGCAACCGGCACACUGAAUUAAUUCUGGUUUAAUUUAAGCAAUUUAUUUGUUAUCUUGAACGAAAAAAUAAUUAUUGAACAAUUAAUUCCCCAUGUAUUCAUACAAUAGCACUCCAAAACAUGCAUUUAAUUAAAUUCAGGUUUGGGUCAAAUAGUACAAAAAUGGUUUGACACAAAUAAAGACCAAAAAAUUACAACACCCCAAAGUUUAUUACCUAUGUGCAAGUGGCCCUUGGAAUUGUUUAACAGUGCUCCUGGGCAAUAUCACAUAAAUAAAUUGAAAAAUCUGCUGUUUAUCAAUUUGAUCGGUGUCUGUGUCGACCGAUCUCACUCAUGGAUUAUCGGAAUCGGCAGCAUAAAACUCUGAUCCGUUUGUGUGCCUCCUUCAACUAAACAACUGAUGGGUAAAUUCACAUGUAAUAAGCACAUUUGUCCACUAGAGAACGACAGAGUAGCACAAAUGUCUCUUAAUGGCGCGGCAAUAUGAAUGAUGUCCGUACUAGUGCAGCACUUGCACUAUUUAAUUUAAUUUAGAAAUAAUUUGUUUUAGUUAAAUACAAUCUGUUCACUUUCAGUUCAAUUAACUUUCUGAGUGAAUCGUAAUGGAUUUCUUUCCUGCUCUGAAUCAACACUUCUCAGAAUUUACAAAGCUGUUUUACUGUACUUAAAAUAUGAAACAAGUGACUAAUUAUGACACUUAUGCCAACUCAAUAAGAAAAGUAGCUAUUGUCUGACCUAAAAGUCACUAGGUGACACCAUUGACUAAUUUGCAUAUGAUGUAGAAGAUGCUGUAAGGAAAACGGCAUAACCUCAUAGGAAAGGCAAAUGUGAGUAAAAACAUCUUACAUUUAUUACGUUUCGAACUACAAAUAAACCUCUUUCUUGGUUUGUUUCAAAAUUAAUUCAAAAUUGGCCAUUAGUUCAUCAAAAUAAAAUAUUUAAUAUUUCAUUUUGGCGAGUGCCUGUAAAACCUUGACAGCGUAAUAAUUGCCUCCAAUCGCCACCUUGUAUUUUGCAAUUAAGAUGACUUGUUUCAUGUAUCACACAAUGCUCCUCCUUUCUGGCACAGUGACAGAUAAACAACUGAGUCGGAAUGAUGCUUGAGUGUAAUGAGUAGUAAUUUAAUGAAGAUUAAUAAACAUUUACCUUUUAGAUCCUCCUCUGUUAAACAGGGCGAGAUCCACCUUGGUGACAUGGCACCUUACACAUGCCUGAUUCAUGGAUGUGUAGAAAAGGAAGCUGACAGUGCACUGACAGCUUGUGACCGCUAAAAACGUUUAAUUGGUUUAAAAGGUUAAUUGCUGACUCCAAAUUGUCUAUAGGUAUGAAUGUGAGUGUGAAUGUGCCCUGUGAUUGGCUGGCGACCGGUCCAGGGUGUGACCCGCGUCUUGCCCAAAGACAGCUGGGAUAGGCUCCAGCACCCCCGCAACCCUUGUGAGGAUAAGUGGUAGAAAAUGAAUGAAUGAAUGUUCUUGUAUACUCGUCAUCGUCCCGUAUCUCUCAGCAUCAUGAAUAUCACAGAUAUGCCGGAGGUAGCAUAUACGGACGAUGGGUCUGUUCUGGAAUAUUCACGAUUUGGAAAAAGAUCAUUGUGGGAUUUAAAGUUUCUUAAAUGUCAUGAAGAUUAAGUAGCACAGUGUACGUGAAUAAAUGACAUUGUCACUCUCCCUCCGUAUCUGCCUGGUGCCCGCUCUGUCCUUUUGGAUUGUGUCAUCUUUAUGUUCAGGGCGUACCCACCCCCCUCUUGGCAGUGCACUGCACAGUUGCCCCUAACCCCUGCUGGAAUUUAAUUACCACUGCACUUUUCAAUUGAACCACCAUCGACGAGGGGCAAGAGCGACACACCAGAGCCUGUUUCAUUUGAAGCCUCUUUUCUGUUUUAUUCUUACUUUUUUUUUUUUUUUGCUCCUGUGAGGCACAGAUGUUUUAUAUAUAUAUAUAUAUAUAUAUAUAUAUAUAUAUAUUUUUUUAUCAAUGUCAACGCCUGCUUCUUUCUGCUUUGAUGAAUAGAAAUCUAAGGAGACUCUGAGAUUAUUUCAGAUAACAGAGUGUGCAAAGGGGGUCAAGGAUAGACAGAACAUGUCAGAAUGGGAGAGAUUUGAUUAAAAAAAGUGCUGUCCAAGGAGUAUGAAAGUAUUGGGGAGGGAGGGGGUGAUACUGGCUGUGUAACAUUGAAUGUUAAAUGCAAUUUUGUGCAGCUGGAUCAGAAUCACCAUUGUUUAAUUCAUUUUGUUCAAGCUGCAGAAAUUAAAUGUUAAAUGUGAAUUUGUAGAGUGGUCAUGCUCACCGGGGGCGCUCACCCCCCUGGCCCCCCAGUGGAUGCUGCAGAGCUUGUCAGGACCCAUUAAGUUUGACUACACAACAGGAGCUGACUGACAACAUGUCAUGUUGCUGAUGACCGCCGGUUUUACUAACGGGGGCAUCAGUGACUUCCUGCAGAGAGUGUUUACAUGUGCGACUUAGGACUCUGAUUCACAAUAUAUUGUCAGCCUGAAUUAGCCAAGACAGCAGUUUAAUAUAAUAUUACACAGCUACAGUAACUUUUGCUCCAGUGGGACUAUAGGAAUGUGCUCGGCAGGGUCCAUUUUUCAUAAUGACAGGAAACAUCAUGAAGAUCUUUAUGAUCCUCCUAAAGGUGUUUGCCCUUCCAGAGAGGGCGGGGAAUAGCAGAUUCACUGCCAAGACACUCGGAGUACUUUGUUUGAGGGCUAAAUGUUUGGCUCCUCCAGUUAUAUUUACAGCAAAUUUUUUUUGUAGGAUUCCGCAUUUGUUUCUCGAUUGUUUUUUUUGAUAGUUGACCUAAUAAAUUACACAAAAUUACAGUCGUUCAGGAGGAAUGAACAUACCUAACCCUAACCACUACUCAUCCACAUUAGUUCUUUGUUAGUUCCUCAGUAACUACUGUAUUUUUGUGUCUAAUGGGAAACUAUAGACAGAUUCCAGCUGGGGAAUCCUUUAAUCAUCUUUAUAUGUGGUUUAUUUUUUCAUAGAACAAAUGAACAACUUACAUUUUUCUCCUUCCUUGCUCUAUCAAAGCAUAGUGCACCGUCCGCUAAUGAGUCUUUCAAGUACAGCGUAUUUAGAAAAAAAAUAUAUAUAUAUAUGAUUAUGCAAAAAAAUGUUGCAUGUUCCGGAACUUAGACAUGAAAGUGAGAAAUACUGUUGAAUUGUUUACACCCCCAGAUCCUGGUCUGAGUUUAAAAAAAGAUGGCGUCCUCCAGUACUACAGAUUCUGUCCCAAACUUUUCUGUAUCUGAUACACGGUAUCAAAACAACUCUCCUCAAUAUGCCGCACAUAAAAAUUAAGAAUCAUCAAGUGUUUGAGCGUGCAUUAAGUUAGCGCGUUAAUGCGGCAUUAAUGGAAGUUUCCUUUAACGGCGCUAUAUUUUUUGAGGUGCAAUUAAUGUGUGCGUGUCCUGUUUGACACUUGGCCGACCCUGUAGUUGUCAGUGUAGGUUCAAGCUGGAGCAAUUAUUGAGGUGAAAUGAAGAAAGGGGUAUUUUGAUUGGUCAAUUUAGCUUCAAAGCCUCAUAACAAGACAAAAAAUAUUUGUUUGAUUGAAACUGUCACAGACUAUGUCGUUCACUUGCCAGAGAGAAGCGAGAAGGUACUGAAGCACUGCAGGUAUUUUUAAAUUCACAUUUACACAUUGGUGCCUUGGCAUACAAGUGUUAGUGAGCUCAUUUUUUGCUUGGAACUGCGAGCUAAAAUUUGGUAGGAUCAGCUAGUUAAUAAGGACAGGCAUAGCCCAGGACCUUAACGUUUAGGAAUCUUGUCAUUUCAGUGCUACCAUUGUACUAGCCAUCGACACAUCAGUAAAACAUAUGUACAUUAGAGCGAUCUAAUUAUUCCCAUUUAUGAUGUAUUGUGUAAAACUAAGAGUAAAAAUAUUAACAUUACAUGUUAUCAUCGGUGUACUUGUUAAUGCAUGAUCACAGCAUGUAAAUCAAAUGAUAAAAUGUUGAGUUUUUUUGUAAAUGUGGUCAUGUUUCAUAUAAGGAUUGUGGGUCAUAGGGGGAAAAAAGUGCAGUUCCUCUUUAAACAGUAUAAAUUGAGUCUCCAGGUUUAUGAUCCAACUUCCAGCACCAUUAAAGUUACUUUCAUAAAAAGAAAGUAGAGGUGAGCUAUUUGUGUUUUAUGUGAUUGGCAACAUUCCAAUUGUAAUUUAUUUACAAAGCACCUCCACUCAGACAGUGUGCUCAUUGUCUUGCUAUGCUAUUUUGUGCUCAUUUGUCUUUUAAAUAUAGGAAUGUCUGAAUUGAAGUUAUAAAAUACAAAGAGUUGAAGCAAAUAGUACUUUGGAGAGCUACAGUAUUCACAAUCAGAGGAGGGGGGGCAAGAAAACAGAGUGGGUUGCCGACCAAUGGUCUAGCCACACCUCUUACCCACAGUCAGCUGGGGUAGGCUCCUGCAGGGACCAUGCACAGCACAGCAACAUUUUAAAAUUUCAUGAACGUCACGUUCAUGAAAUUUUAAAAUGUUGGUCCUGAAGAGGAUAACAAGAAGAGAAUAAUCUGAAUGUUUUUGUAGUCACCUGGCCACAUUCACAUCCAGGCCAACUGUCAAUACUGCCGCUUUUCCUCUUGAACUUCGUUAAUAUCCCCAAAUUUCCCUCCGCAUCUAAAUCUAAAUCAAUCUAAACUGUGUGAGAAAACUGCAUCGUUUGCUGGUGUGGCAAUGAGUUUCGCCGAUCUUGGUUGUUGUCGCUUCCUGUAUGUGGCUCCCAUUAGACCACCGACUGCCACGCACACACAAACACUCAUUAGCCGCCACCCGACCAAUGAUAACUCACCACACCCUGCUAUGUGUCUGCCCCCAAAUGCCAUGCAACGUGCCGCCCCGGCGAGACAUUUUUCAUGUUUAUAACACUCCCACAACGAAGUCCCACACUGGAGACAAGCUUGUUUUGGCAUUGUGGUUCUCACUAGAGGGUUGUUAACUAUUUGGUGACGUUUCCUCCUCUGGGUGGGCCUUUUAAGGCGAUGCAGUGAUGAUUCCACAUCAAAGCCACCUAAGCAAUACAACAGUGUGCUGCUGUUGCAUUAUAUAUCCGUCCAACCAUUUUCUAUAUGAUGGAACCUAUCCCAGCUGUCUUUGGGCAAGUGGUGGGGUACACCCUGGACUGGUCGCCAGCCAGUGGCAGGGCACAUAUAGACAAACAACCAUUCACAUUCCCAUAUUGAAUAUGGUAAUUAAUAUGGUAAUACAUGUGGAAAUAUUAGCGUCGCCAAUUAUGUUUUUGGAAUGUGGGACGAAACCAGAGUACCUGGAGAAAACCCACGCAUGGGGAGAACAUUCAGAAUCGAACCCAGGUCUUCCCGAUCUCCUGACUGUAUAGCCUACAUGCUACAUGCUACUUGUCCUCCGUGUGGCCCUGCAUUAUAUAUACUGCAUAGAAAUAUACCGUUUUCAAUGCAUUUGGCUUUCGGGUAGCUAUUAAAGUCAACCUGUAUGACAUUUCCAUGUAUUUUAUUGUCGUAUUUGGAAGAAUAAUGUCACAUCUACAUUAAAGACAUUACACUGGCUGUAGAAAGUCAUGGUGUGUAAUAAAUGGUUCUGCAAAUUAUAAUAUUGGCGACAUGCUGACAAAACACAAACUGGCAGGUGAUCCAACUCAGUGUGCAGGCACAUUCGAGUCAGCCUCACUUGAUCAUGAAAUGUGAAUAUUCAGAAAAAUAAUUUGAUUUAUCCAGAAAAUACAUUCAGAAUACAGUUAAUCCAGUUUUAUUUAUACAGACAUAUAAAAAUUUAUUUUUUUAAUUUUUAUUUUAAUCAUGAUUGGUGAGGUGCUUGAUUGGUGCACAGGAAAGGGGAAAAAACAGGAUAGAAAAGGAUAAAAGGAUGAUGGAAUAGAGAGGCAAUGCAGUUGUGAGUCCAUGUAAAUCACUACAUCACCAUUAUUACUCGAUUUGUAAAGUAGCAAAGAAAAUAGGUGUUGUUUGUUUUACAAAUCUUACAAAACAUGUUUCACAAGCAAAUAUUCUCCUUUCCUCUAAGAUUUCAACCCUCAUGUUGGUUGUGUAUCAGGCACUUUGCUCUCAAACUAGUGAAUAGUCCCUCUUGUGUUCUCUUGCUGUAAACAUGUACAGCCUGUAACACACUUUGACUCCGAGUCCUCGGUCCCUUCUCCAUCAUGGAAUUGUAUCAUGUCAUUGUAUUGAUCCUGUAAUUGAUUCUGAGAAGAGGGUACCUGCAACACACUCUGUCAUCCUUCAGUGCCAUGAGCGUGCCUGUUUAAUUGUAGACUAAAGCGCUUUUCUUUCUUGUUGCCUUUGAAAAGACUCAUUGAUUUUUACAGCACCCUUCAUCCUUGCUCUGGCACACUGUUGGAACAAAACACCCGUGUAGAAGGGGUCUAGAAUGUGGAAGUAUGAACCUCUUCUGUUUUAGAUGAAACAAGCAAAGAGCAUUCAGUGCCUUCUCUUAGCCCACACUUAAUUUUCAAUGUGUACUACAAGUAGUUUUUGCUAUUUAAAUGCACUAUAUGUGCGGUAUAGCACCCCUUUAUGGCUCUUGUGUGAGAAGCACAUUUUACUCUGUUGCAUUUAAUAAUGCACAAGCAGUAAUCUAUUAUUUUUAGUUCUUUCUUAUUUUUAAGGCCAGGCUUCAAAGAAACGGGCACAUAAAUAUAUUCAGUGCACUUGGGUCUAUAUAGAACAAAAAUAUUCUAAAUGAAAUUUGAUUUGCAUUAAUUUGAGAAGCAGCUUAUCCAACAUUCAUACUUUGAACUUGCUUUGAAUUAGAAAUAGGUUCUCAUCAUUUCGCUGGGAUUGCAGCCAAUUCAAUGGAUCUUAUUUCUUUUUUCUAUCCUCAGAGGCUCAGGGAGGAGGAGGAUGAUCUGAAAAUGUUAUCACAUGACAGUGUGUGAUUGAUGGACCAUUAAAACGUCAGCCAGAUGUACUUAAAGCCAUCGCUUUUAGGUUGAUAAAUCAUGGCACAAAUGGAUAUAUAAAGCUGUUAGAAACAAAUAUUCCCAUCUCCAGUUAUUUGCAGUCACGUUAUAAUGGAUGCUCUCGCUUGUCUAUCUCACUUUCUGCAUGUUUCUUCCCUCGCCCCUUCACUUUCUCUCUCGACCUCUGCAGUCAUGUAAUUACAACAGGACAGGUAUGUGUGUUCAUAUUUCAGCUGCUGCAUGCAAGAUAACAUCUAAUAAUCCAAAAGCGUUGCAAAACUGGUAUCUCAUCGCUCAUGCAUUAUGAAUGAGCCGCUGAUUGCUUUUUUGCAUAGAUUAGCAAUCAUUUCACUGAAAAUGUUUCAUAAAAAGUCUGCUCGGAGGGUUGUGUUUCUUUUCAGAGGAGUUGAGGUGACACAUCCCACUUCUUUGUGUGAGAUAACUCCGAUCAGGUGAUAGCACUUCUCCCCUUACCCCUCUGCUUCUUUUACUUUACUGCUCAUUUAUUUUCCUCUGCAUAUCAUCACAAGGGUGGGAUAAGUGUGAUUUUGAGCCCACUUUGCAACUGAUUGCUCACUUAGUAAAUGCAUCCAGUGUGUUUGCUGCCAAGGUGCUGCUAAAUACCACAGGCACCAAAGUAAACAUGUGCAAGCAUGAUCACAUGGUCUCACGCAGAUUUAUCAUCAGACAAUCGUCUCUGCUAGUAUGGAUUUUCAUAUUUGAAUCUGAUUUGUUAGAUUUUGUUCAUAGUUGGAUAACGGUCAAAUUUUGUAAAAAAAAAAAAGGAGAUAACUAUCCAUCCAUCCAUUUUCUGUACCGCUUAUCCUCACGAGAGUCACGGGCAUGCUGGAGCCUAUCCCAGCUAUUUUCGGGCAAGAGGCGGGGUACACCCUAGACUGGUAGCCAGCCAAUCACAGGGCACAUACAGACAAACAACCAUUCACACUCAUAUUCAUACCUAUGGACAAUUUGGAGUCGCCAAUUAACCUAGCAUGUUUUUGGAAUGUCACAAAGAGAUGCCUGAAAGUGGAAUCGAACCCAGGUCUCCUAGCUGUGUGGCCUGCACGCUAACCCCUCUCCACCGUGCAGCCUUGGAUAUAAAUAAACAGAUUUAAUUUGCAACAUUUUCCACCUCAAAGAAAAAGGUCAAAACACUCAGAUAAACAAAUAAACAUGGUAGGUCUGCAACCACAGUACCUUAAUGUAUUCAGUGACACAAAAAGAAAGACAAACAAAACCGAAACAUCGUCGCUGUCGGCACACAUCAGCAAAGUGCAUAUAAAAUAGGAACAACAUAGCUUGGAAAAACAACAACUUACCAAAACUCUCAGUUAGUGGCCUAUUUUCUUGCAUUAAAAUUCACAGUCUGGAUAUAAAAUGAAGUUGGUGUAACAGCCUUACAUGUUUUAAAGGAUACGCCAUAGUGGUGGUUGCAUUUCAGUUUGUGGAGUCAUCUUUAACCUUUUCAAAAUACUUCCACACUUAUUAUUUAGUAGCCAUUAUGAGUCUGUUGAUAUUGACAGUCUUCCUAGCGCUAACUUCCUAAGUUAGUGCUCACCUCAGCUCCUUUGGAUUGUGCCACUGAAGCAGGUAGUUUUAUUAGUGUGUGGUAGGGUUGCUUAUCCUCACUAGGGUUGCGGGGGCAUGCUGGAGCCUAUCUGAGCUGUCUUCGGGCGAGAGGCGGGGUACACCCUGGACUGGUCGCCAGCCAAUCACACAUAUAGACAAACAACCAUUCACACUUAAAACCAGUAUCAUAAAUAAACAAAUCUUAUUUUGAGCUGAAACAAAUAAACAAAAACAUGUUCGUGUGAAAGGUCUCACUUGCUCACAUUUUGUAUUUGCUGAACAUUUGUGGGCGUGUUUAAGAGCUAAUAUGAGAAUAAUAAAGAAAAAUAGUAAUACAAAAUUAUGCUUGCUGACUGUAUUUAAAAAAAAAUAAAUAAUGGCCCAAAGUUCCCAAAUUGAUAUCCCUUUACAUAAAAUUUUAUGUAAUUAUCGUUGUAGUUGCACAUCGAAUCGUUUACCACAAGAUAUUUCCUCUACUUAUUAUAGACAAAAACUUAUUUCCAUCUGUGAUUAAAUGCAAUUAAUUGUGAGUUAACUAUGGACAAAAUGCAAUUAAUCGUGAUCAAAUAUUUUCAUUGAUUGACAGCCCUAGUAAUUUUCAAUGCUUUAUUUGCACAAAUGAGGCUGUUUAAAAAAUUUAUUAACAUUUUUAAAAUGUCAGACCCUGCCAGACUCUUCAGCAAUACAAACUCUUUGCACACUUCCUGUAUCCAGUAUGUCCAGCCAUCAAAACAAAAGCACAGGAGUAAAACAUGAACAGUUCCGCCAUACAUUCUCUCCACACUUUUCACGCUGAAAACUUGCUUGCUGUGUGUUUUUUUAGACAAGCUCUUUCUCAUUCGAAAAAGAAAAAUCUCACCUAGUUUCACCUCUUGAUCUUCUAUUCGCACAUAUUCGGACAGUCAGUCCACUUUGAAAGAACUUCUUUUUUAAGUCUCUUAACUCUGCUGUACCAUUGCAAUCUGCACAACAGCAGCAGAGUUUACUGUGUAACGUGCGGUUAAUGAAUUGAUUGGCUGCAUAAGAAAAUACUGUACUUGCAAACAGAAUCCUAUCAAUGACUGGACAGUGUUCGUCAAUGUGCAAUAUGUUAUUACUGCUUGUUGUCACCUGUCAUUCACUGUGUUGCAUUGCAAAAUGGUACAGAAUAAAUUAUGUG